AAUAGAGGGAACCUACUGACGUGUCAAAGAUCUUCUUCCGUGCGUUUGGCUCUAUUCUUUCUCCCUUUCGUAUGUUUCCCUCAUUUCCCAAUUCCCAUGAUAUCCCCUUUGCUCGCUUUUACCCGUUGAGCUGGGCGAGCGAGCGAACCGAGACCCUCUGUAUUCUCCUUGUUACUUUCUCUGAAUCCUUCUCUGUCCUUUUCUCUUUCCUCUUCAGGUUAAUCCAAUAAGUAAGCUAGGCACAGAGGGAUGAGAUAACUACCAUGUGGAUUCAUUGCCCCGGACCCAGUUCUUGCAACAAGUUAAUGUCAUUUCCCUGUACAGUCUUCUAUCGCCAUUUCAGAAGUUUCUUGGAGAAGUCGCAAACAGCUUCCCAAAGUUGAGGCAUUGAUUAAAGGGCUUUCGUUUAUCAUGCCAUACUAUAUACAAAGGCUCUACAAUACCUGCAACGCGUCAUUCUCACCUAAUGGCCCAGCAUCAGAAGAAGCACUUCAAAAAGUUCGCAAUAUGUUAGAGAAAAUGAAACCCUCUGAUGUAGGUCUUGAGCAAGAGGCACAAUUAGUACGCAAUUGGUCAGCACCUUUGCAAGAACGCAAUUGGCGGCGUCCUACACUGCCACCAAUCAAGUACCUCCAUCUGCAUGAGUGUGACAGCUUCUCUAUUGGAAUUUUCUGCAUGCCACCGACUUCAAUCAUACCUCUUCAUAAUCAUCCUGGAAUGACAGUGCUAAGCAAGCUUAUAUAUGGAACAAUGCAUGUGAAGUCAUAUGAUUGGCUUGAUUCAUCCGAGCCUGUUGACACGGCGCAAGGUGUGUAUGCAUCAACAAGGCCUGCCAAGCUCGUUAGAGAUGAUGAGAUGAAUGCACCGUGUAACUCAACAGUUCUUUAUCCUACCACUGGAGGCAACAUCCACUGUUUCAGGGCUGUAACCCCAUGUGCAAUCUUUGAUAUUCUAUCUCCACCUUACUCUUCAGAUCAUGGAAGGCACUGCACUUAUUUUCGGACGUCACCAAUAAGGGAUCUACCUGGUGAGCUUGAAUUGGAUGGAGUGACAGUUUCAGACGUUACAUGGCUGGAAGAGUUCCAACCACCUGAUAACUUUGUGAUAAGGAGAGGUCUAUACAAAGGUCCGGUAAUUAGAACUUGAGAAUUCUAGUCUUUUUUCCUUGUUUCUCUUCUUUUGGUGUUUGGAGCAUUUUAAUGACAGUCGAUUAUUGUCAUCACACCAUAUAACAAAACCUUUGGUUAGGUAUUUGUUUAUAUAUAGCCUUGAGAAUAAUCGAGAUUUGAUGGAAUGGGAAUGGCUGUAUAAGUUGGUGCAAUUUGACUCUCCGCAUAUAGCUUGCACGAAGCAGGGGGUACCUAUUUGAUUACCGUAGACCUUUAAAGUUUACACGGGAAUCAAUGGUAGAUGAUUUCAUUUUGCCUUAUAUCCUCGUUUCGUUGACUUAAAUGACUUGCUGGUCAGGAACGUGAGAGUUUCUUUUCGGCUAAAUUACACAAUUGAUUAUUCGAAUU